AAUAUUACAGAUGUCAUUGUCAGAUAGGCGCGCGAACUGUCAGUCUGUCUCUGUCAUAUAGCAAAGAGAUAUUUGCCGCCGGCCAGUGUUAUUUUUUGUAAAAGGUUUGUGCGUAAAUUGCUGUUAUUCAAUGAAGAAAUAAGUCAUCAUAAUUCAUGGAGAAACAACUAUUGAAAAAGUUGAACCCCGAGAAUGCUGCCAAGGAGCUGACAAGGGUAGCGGAAACUGUAACUUGUUUGGAAUGUUGUAAAUUUUACAUUGUUCCGGAGACUGCUGCUUGUGGGCACACCCUGUGCCAUGGCUGCUGGAUAGGGAGGCAGACAUGUGCGGUCUGUGCUCUGCCACUCAAGAGGCGGGCUUUGAAGCAAAAUGCAGUCAUUAAAAGGUACACUGAAUGUGUACAGAAGGCUUCAACUUUGUUUGAAAAACAGUUUAACAUCAAAUUGGAAGAAUUUGCUCCAGAUCCACCUCCUCAAGUAUUAAAUAAGAUAGUGGAUAAAGAUCCAAGUAAAACAGUGAAUGCAUGGCUGUGUGACUCUCAGAACCACUUCUCAGCCCCUGUCUCCACUCAGCUAUCCACACAAGGAGAGGAGCUUGCAGUUGAAGUGAAAACUUGUGAAAUCCAAGUCCACACAGAAUCAAAGAAGGUUCUGAGCCCAACCAAAGUAGUUCAUGCACCACCUCCCCCUCAGGAUGACUGGGAUAAAAUUGAAAGUGUUUCAGACACAGAAGAAUUCUUGAAAAAUAAAGAGAAUUUUGGCCCUAAUAUUGACCCUUUCAAUCUAGAUGAUGAAGAGGAAUACACAACAGAUCAUCCGCGAAGAAGUUUCAGAAAAAGGGAGCACAAGAAUGAACUCAAACCCAGUGAAACCUCAGGAGAUAAGCACAGCUCUAGCAACAUAAGCAUAGAUACUACUGACAAGCUGAACAAAAUCAAGCAGAACUGGAGCAAUGUUAAGAAAAUGAGAAAAGAAUUCAGUAAGUUACAUAAGAAGAAUAAAAAUAAACUAAAUGUUUCAAUAGAAAUGUGUAAGAAAACCAAAAGUGCCAUCAGCAACCCCGCCCCAGUGGAGCCUCCUCUGGAGCCAGAAUCUCAAAAAGUUAUUAUAAUAGAUGAUUGUACACCCAAGAUAGAUGAAAAAGAGAAAUCACCUGUUCCUGUGACAGACAAAAUAACUGUUGACACUGAUAAUAAAAAUUGUACUGAAGAUUUGAACAACAAAAGUCCUGAAAAUGCUUCAACAAAAGAUAGACAAAAUUCCCCAGCAAUGGAAACUAAUCAAAAUAAUGAUAUAUCUAAAAGAGACCAUAGAACUAACAGUUCCUCUAUAUUACAUAACUUUCAAAGUUUCAAUGAAAAUCAGAGUGAACCCAUUGAGACUGAAGUAAAUGUAUUGUCUAAAAGCAAUAUACCUUUUCUUAAAAAGAGUGCUUUACAAACAGAUACACCUGCUGAAGAUUCAAACUCCAAUCUAAAAAGUACUGAGAUUGUCAAAGAGAAUACUGUCCAAACAGUCAACCAUGCUGUUAGUGACAAUAUUGAAACUGAUUCAGAUGAUAUCCAGAUAACAAUCAAAAUCGGAAGUACUUUGACUAAUAUUUUUAUCAAGAAAAAGAAAAAUGAUGUUAAGGUAAAACUCAAUACAGACCAGGAAGCUCAAACAUUGCAAUGCAUGGAAAAAGCGACUUCUUGUAACUCAUCUCCAUCUGUUCCUAAAACUUUAGAUGUACAAAACAUUGAGAUCAAUAUUGGUGGUGAGGCUGUAGUCAGUGCUGUCACACAGCAGACAAAAUGUGUCGAACCCAGUGUCGACCAACCACCAACCACCACCAGUGUCUCUAAUACUAAUCAUAAUCAAACUGCAUCCAUAAAGAAAGAUACUGCAUCAGCGGAAACUGUUCCUGUUGAAAUCUCAGCAAGCCUUGAAAAAGAACUUACUAAAAUAAUGGAAUGUGAUGAUGAUGAUAAAAAUGAAGCUCAAAAAGAUAAAACACAAGAACUUCAAAAGAAAAGUGAAGAGGUCCAUAGAAUAUCAUCUACAUACACUCCUAAUAAGGAACAAAAAUCAGAAGAAAUGGAGCUGGAUGAGGAUAUGUUUGCCAGUGGAUCUGUCAAAGAGAAUAAUGUCCAACUCCUUAAAGCUACAAAACCGGCUCCAUCAGAAAUACUAAUGCCUACAUUGAGGCAAAAGAAACAUACACAAACACAGAGGCAGGCUGAUAAAAGAAACAGAGAAAAUGAUGAUGAGAUGACUACUAACAAGAAAAUCAAAGUUGCAAGUGAAAUCUAUGAAGAUAGUAUUGAUGACAUACACAAUGAAGACAAUAAAGAUGAGAGUUCUAUAAAUUAUGAUUCAGUUAUGGGCCAAGUGUUUGCCAAUAUUGAUGCAGAUAUUGGGAAAAGCAAUAAAAGUCAAAGUAUCAUCGAAAAUCAAGAUAAAACGUUAGUUGAAAAACAGGCUGAAUCACAAGCAAUUAUACAACACUCGCAAUUUUUGAAAACUCAGAAAACGCAAAGGAAAGUGCUAGGGUUGAGCAGACUGGGCAAUGCCACACAGAACAUAAAGAGUAAUUUACCUCCAAAGGAUAGUGAGAGCCUUUUUGCAUUGUCAAAUGUGGACUCGCAGAUUUUAACAGAGAAGGGCCACAAUCAGAAACACGGCCCAGAGACCCAGGCUCACAUCGAGAACCUUCUUACACCUGGAAUGUGCCAGAACUUGACAGACACCCGCCAGAGUCAGGUAGCGGGCCAUAAGAGUCAGGAUGAAGGUCACAAGAGUCAAGAUAAUUGUCACAGGAGUCAGGAGGAGCAGAGUGGCCAGCAUGUGAUACCUGCCACGCCGCAGGACCACGAUUCUGAUGCGAGCGUGUGUGAAGAGACACCACAGAAAGCUUCACCAUUCGCAAGAAAGUCGAACGCGGCCAGCGGCGUCCAAGCCAAGGCCCAAUCGCAACUAAACUCCAACGAGGCCCAACUCAUCAAGGAAAUCAUCAACAUCUCCGACAAGUCGGACACUGACAAAGACAACACCGUCGUCACUAAACCCAAGCUCACCAUAGCCACACCGACUAUAAACCAGUUCUGUAACUCUAUCCAGCAUAAUUCUACACCAGUCGCGAGGAAGAGUCUUAACUUUGACACUUCGGAGAGAACAAAAUCUAGCACUAGCAUGAAAGAAUUUACGAAGCCGCGAUCGCCGAGCGCGAAGUAUUGCGUGGCAGCGUCUUGCUUGACGUCGACGGAGGUGAAAACAGUGGAGCUGCUGUGUGCGAAGAGAGGGUGGACGUUUGUCAAGGAGUUCACUAAGGACUUGACACAUUUGGUUGUCGGGGUGGAUGAAGAGGGUAGAUCGCAGAGGACGGUAAAGUUCAUGUGCGCGCUGGCGGCGGGGCGCUGGAUCGUGCGCUACGAGUGGGCCGACACGUGGCUGCGCCGCGGCCACGCCGCCGAGGAGCCGUUCGAAGCAUUGGACUGGACGGGUGAGCCAGGCCCUCAGCGUGCUCGCACCACCACUCGUAAACUGUUCGACGGGUUCACCUUCUUCUGUAUGCCGCCGUUCAGCGUUCUAAGCGAACCUGUGCUCAAGGUGAUGUUGGAAUCAGCUGGCGGGCGCGUGGUGUCGUCGGCGCGCGAGGUGCAAGUCAAGGGGGACGAUGUUCGGUUGCUGCUCGCCGAGCCGGAGCACACGCAGGAGAAUCAGUUCACAUACUUAGCAUUAGAGCUGAACAUCGUCCCAGUGAACUACGAGUGGGCGCUCAACUGCCUCGGCAGCUACACCCUGACCUCCAUCCUCGACCUGAUGCUGUGCCCCUCCUCCCUGCUGCCGGCCGUCACCGCAAAAUGGCCGCCCGUCCUCAUCACGCAGGAGUUCGACUCUGUCACGGAGUGCGACUGACCAGGUGAUGGUACCACAGACACAGUAUACUACUAUCAUACAGUAUGGCCGCCCCUUGCUUCCCACCAGAGGAUCGAGUAUUAUAGAGAGUUACUGUCAAAGUAAAAUAUGUAACACAGUUCAUUA